AUGACUUCUCCAUCUCUAUUGUGCCACAUUAUAUCUUCAUGGCCAUCAACAAAACUGCAAUUUACAACCUGACAGGCUCACAAAAAUUUGAUCUCAUACAUUUGUUGUGGCUUAAACCGAGACUAUAUAAGUUGACUAUAUAAUCCUCCCAUCAGCUAUGGAUCUGGUUAAGACAGAGCCAGAAGAAGUACAUGGGGGAGAUUCGCCCGUAUACGUUGUUGACUUGUAUAUGGACAUUGUCAAGGAGGACACUGAAAUAAGCCCAACUAAGGACAACGUUGAGGAUAUGACCAUUGAACUCGAAUCAGAACUACCUCGUGAAGAUGAUGAUGAUGAUGAUGAUGAUGAUGAUGAUGAUGAUGAUCAUGACGUUGAUGGUCAAGAGGAUGAUGAAAACAGCCAAGACGAUAUAAGCUAUAGAAUGAUUGGGCCACCCAAAGUCUGUUCUAAAUGUAAUAAAUCUUGGCAGCCGGAGUUGGUUCAGCAUAAAUGCCAUGUUAAUGAUGACCUGCCCUUUAAAUGUUCCAUAUGUCCGGAAAAGUUUAAAUUUAAGCAGAAACUGAAGGAGCAUGAGAAAUCUCAUUUGGAUUCAUGGAAUUUCAAGAUUUGUCUCGAGUGUGGAUCGGUUUGUAAAAAUGUGUAUUUUCUGAUGAAGCACAUGCGACAGCAUAAGCACGAUAAGUCGAAAUCUAUAAACUUCAAAUGUAAUUAUUGCGGUGAUAAAUCAUUUAAGAGAAAAUCCCAAUUGGAAUCACACAUGCGCCUGGAGCACCAAUGCAGCGUUUGUCGUGCAGUCUUUGAUUCCAAAGACAAGGUCAAGCUGCACGCAAGAUGUCAUUUGAAGAGAAAUCUAUCACCGGCAGAAGAUAUAGACUGUGAUAGAUCAGCUAUCAGAAAGUCAGAUAUAACUCGAACAAAUCGUCAUAACUCAAAGAAGAGUCACACAAAACCUCUGGCGAAAACUUCUGUAGUAUCCAGUACAUCCCAAGUGGAAGCUCGGCUCAAAGUUAGCCAGCAGACUGCAGCGUCAACUCCCUUGUUUUCGUGUACCCCGUGUCGCGUCAAAUUGAUAAAUGUGAGUAAAUCGAAUAAAUCAGCGAUGGAGAUAAAUAGACUCGUUUGUGCUGUUAAAGCAAUUGUGAUUCAAAAUAGGGCCAUGCGAUCUGUUGGUCGGGACUACAAUAUAGAUAAAUCAAAACUAUCUCGCUACAUAUCGAAGUUGAAUGAGGCGAAUUUGGAUCCAUCAACCGCGACUGAUGAAGAAUUGGCUGAAUUUCUAACGGUGAUAAGUGGGAAAACUGGUGGAAAAACGAUUCUGAGCGCAGAGCAAGAGAAAGUAUUAAUGAUAUAUCUUAUGAAUGCAAGCGAGAUAUACUAUGGCUUAAGUAGAAACGAAUUAAGAACAAUGGCAUAUGAGUUCACGAAAAAACUGGGCGUUGCCUAUCCUGCAGCCUGGGACGUUAAUCAAAUAGCAUCGUAUGACUGGUACUACGGAUUUAUACAUCGUCAUCCGAACCUAAUUUUAAGGACACCGGAACAAAUCAGCGCGAAUCGUGAAAUGGGCUUCACUGCAGCCAGUGCAAGUGCUUUCUUCGCUAAUCUCAGUGCUGUUCUCGAUCAACAAGUAUUUGAGCCACAUCGUAUUUGGAAUGUUGAUGAAGUAGGAUGUCCAACAGUCAGUUCAGAAAAGUCAGCAAGUCGCCGAACCAAAAAGCAAAGGACAUCAGACGAAGAGGGAAGCAAUGUGUCAUUGGCGUUUGCCGUAAGUGCCACUGGUCAAUCGAUACCGCCAUUUUAUAUAUUUCCACGGAAAACAAUGGAGAAGAAUUUUAUGGAUAACACAACACCCGGAUCAGUUGGCGUUGCCAAUGAGUCGGGAUGGAUGUCUGCCAUCGAGUUCAUCAAAUUCAUGUCACAUUUCAUAAAAUACGCCAAUGCAGCCAAAAGUUCACCCAUUCUCUUGCUCUUGGAUAACCAUACGUCCCACCUCAGUGUGGAGGCCAUAGAUAUGGCAUUGGAUCACGGCAUAACGAUGGUUUCGUUUCCCCCGCAUUGUUCACAUCGCAUGCAGCCAUUAGAUGUCAGUGUGUUUGGUCCAUUCAAAACCAUGUUUCAUCAUCAAUGCCAGGUUUGGAUUAAAAACCAUAAGGGCCAACCAUUGGAAAUACAACAUGUGCCGCAUAUCGCUGACAAAUGUCUGGAUGCAGCAGCCACGCCCAAAAAUAUAAAAUUUGGUUUCCGUGCAACGGGCAUUGUGCCAUUUGACCCGAAUGUUUUCACACCUGAAGAUUUUCUGGCAGCCACUCUGAGUGGCGAAAAUCAAUGCCCUGACGAUCAUCCCGAUGAUUGUCGAACUAUAAUGAUUAAUACUGAUGCCACAGAUGCUACCGCACAAGUGGAGGCGGCGAUAUCGGAAUUGGCAGAGCCCUGCACAUCCAGUGCAUCCACAGAUAGUAGUCUCCUGGAAGAGAUGAUUAUUCGCAGUCCCAGCGGAAAGAGAAAGGCUUUGGGGCAAACACAACCAGAGCAGAAAGAUGAGCUAGACCAGAGUACAGCCCGAAUUCUGCGACCUAAGAGAAGCUGUCGUGUAGAAGUUAUUCAGAUUUCAUCGGAUUCUGAUGGAGAAGACGACUGCAUCAUUUGCAAAAAACAAUUACCUGUGAAACUUAAUGACAAAAACUGCAUUCAUUGCAAUGUUUGUGAUCGGGCUGUUCAUUUCAAAUGUGUCAAUCUACAAGCUGCACAUUACACAUGUUUUCACUGCGAAUCGGAUUAAUUUUAUUGUUUUUUUUAACAUAAAUAAAAGUUAUUUAUAAACGUUAAACAAUAUAUUGCUACUAUAAAUUUACUCAGAAA